AUGUUAGCAUUUUAAUCAUGUAACAUUUCACCCAAUUAAAUAUCUGGUCUCUAACUUUUAAAUGUAAAUUAAUCUAAUGAGAUUCAAUCCUCUUAAGCAUCUUCAUAUUUGCUUCAGGCAUUAAAUCAAUUCCCAUCUUAAUUAUAACAGAAAACCUAGUUAAUUCAAUAAGAGAAUUAGAAAUUAAAAAAUGAGAAUCAAUCUCUGUAAUAAUAAGUAAAUCAUUUAGAAAAUAAGCAAUAAGAAUUGAUUAAUGAAGUAUUAUAUCAUUAGAUUUUUAGAUCCAUGAUUUAAGAUAAUUAAUUAAGAGAGUCAAUUAAGAGGGGGAAGUGACAGUUCAAUACUUAAAAACUAAAAAUGUAAAUUAUGAUAUAAAAUAUUCAAGACUAUACUUGAACAUCAUAAUGAUAGUUUAGAAAAAGCCCUCAAAAAUUUAUAAAAUAAUAUUGAAAUGUUUGGACAAUUAAAAGAAUUUUCUGAGCUUAUGAAAUAAGAAGUUGAUCUUUGA